AUGCCCCCAAAACGAAAGUGCGUUUCCGUCGUCGCGCCCACGGCGUCUCCUAUAGUGGAUAUUAGUGAACUACCCCCUACUGACGGCAGUUCGAUGGAGAGGGAUGUCUCUGUGGUCACCACUACUGCGUUGUCUGAUCCUGCGACACUUGCACAAGCGAGGAAGGGUACAUCUCCCAGACAAACGCGCUCUGAAUCCAAGAAACCAGUUCAUCUCUCCGACUCUAAUAGCAUUAUGGUGGUAGACAGUGAGAAAACUUCUCAGUCAGAAAAACGCAGGAUUUCGACAAGAAAGAGGGUGGUUCCUGAGCGAUAUACGCAAGCACAAGAGGAAGUAGAAGAGGCCAAAGCUCUCGUCGACAAUGGUGAAGACAGCCCUCUUACUCAGCUAGAGAGCGACGACGAACCAAAACCUGUGAAGAAACGUCAGAGGCGAAAGAAAGAACUGGAACCGGUUGUCUAUGACAUACCGGAAGUAGAAAGGAAGGAGACUGCCUUCACCGGUCGUCUUGGCUACGCAUGCCUCAACACGCUGCUGCGUGCACGUAAACCUGAGUCAGUGUUCUGUUCUCGCACCUGCCGCCUGGAGACGAUCCGCAAGAAUGGAAUUGAGUUCGCUAUGGACCUUGGACUCAAGAAUGCGCGCGAUCUUUGCGAGAUCAUCGAGUGGAACGAGGUGAACAGAAUUCGAUUUUUUCGUGUGUCGUCAGAAAUGUUCCCCUUCGCAUCACACAAAUUAUACGGAUAUGACCUUGCAUAUGCACGAGUAGAGCUCCAGGCUGCCGGCGCGCUAGCGAAGAAAUACAGACAUCGGUUGACAACUCAUCCAGGACAAUUCACGCAGCUCGCUUCUCCGAAAGCCGACGUGCUUGAAGCGAGUCUGCGUGAACUUGACUAUCACUGUCAGAUGCUGCGAUAUAUGGGACUGGACAAAGAUAGUGUGAUAAUCAUUCACAUGGGGGGAGUCUAUGGUGAUAAGGAGACCACUUUGCAACGCUUUCGUGAAAAUUAUCGUAUGCGGUUGACGGACGAGAUGAAGGCGAGAGUCGUUUUGGAGAAUGACGAGAUAUGCUAUAGUGCCGAUGAUCUUUUGCCUAUCUGCGACGAACUCCAGAUUCCAAUGGUGCUUGAUUAUCAUCACAAUUGGAUUAACCCGAGUAAGCAUUCGCUUCAGGAACUCCUCCCCCUUGUCGCGCGGACUUGGACAAGCAAAGGCAUUCGACAGAAGCAGCAUCUGAGCGAGCCACGCCCCGGUGCAGAAACAGUGAUGGAGAAGCGGGCCCACGCAAACCGAUGCAAAGAGCUGCCGGAUGUCCUCGUGGGAGGAGAUGUGGAUCUCAUGAUUGAGGCCAAGGAUAAAGAGCAGGCUGUAUUUCAAUUGUAUAGAAUUUACGAGCUUGAAGAUGUUAUACAAGAGAACCUGCGUCCGGAGAAGCCGCCGAAGCCGUUCAUUAGGGGUAAGGGACGAGUUGCUGAUGGUUUAGGCGACGUCAAUGAAGGAGAGGACUCGGAAGGACAAGUCGACGAUGAGGGUAUCACGCCUAAAUUUUUAGAGAGAGCUCAGGAAAGGGCAAGAUCACAGGAGGACCAAGCAGCACUGGAAGAAAAUACGCCUGCCGGGCCUGUUACUCCGAGGCCAACUAGUAUGUCACCUGCGAAACGUCUUCCGAAACGCAGACGCACGGCCACGAACGUGGUGGCCACUGUCACAACCGACAUUCGUGCUGCUAGGGUGUCCCCAACACUCGUACCCUCGGCUUUGCCUUCUGACGAGGUAGACACUGUCGUCGCCCAAUCUCGGCCUCGCGAAAAACCCAGCCAGUUCCCUACAAAGUUGAAGAGCAAGUCGGGUUUGAUCCAACGAAGGACGCGACGGAAGGUGCAAGAUACGAGCGACUAA